GUAGACUACAGUAGACAGUCCAGCAAACUACUCGAUACAAACGACGUCUACUGACAUUGUUCUGCAUAAUAUUGAUUCAAAACGAUGAAGUUCUCUGUAGCCUCCCUCGCUUUUCUGAUCUGCACGACACUACUGUCCACAACAGAAGGUCGACCCCUACGCCCACAGCUACGAUGCAGAUGUGCUGAGAAAUAUGUAGGAAAACCAAUUCCUAGCCAUAAAAUACUAGCAUUGAAUGUUAUUCCUGCUGGUGUUCAGUGCAAACAUGUGGAGAUCAUUGCCACGAUGAAGAAAGGAGUAACUUGUCUGAAUCCCAAAGAGAAAUGGGUGAACACUCUCAAGGAAGAAAUGAAGAAAAAAACAUCAAGAGUAAAGAAUUAAGGAAUAUUACAGUUCUUUGAAUAAAGCACACAAAGACAAACACUGGGACUGAAGGAAGAUCAUCUGUUGUUUGUAAGAAGCAAUAGACUACAGAAUUAUAGUUUUAAUAUAAUAAUUUAGUUGUAUGUUUGUGGUUUAUUUGUUAUUAUUUAAAAUAUUGACUGCGAUAUGUUUUUUCCAGAAAAAAAUGUGAACGGAUUUUGUUUUACUUCAUUUAUCAUGUCACUGAAUUUUUUUUGUAAUUUUAUAUAGCUUUGUAUUAGUUUGUACAAUGGCAUAAAAACAUUUAUA